AUGUCAUCUUCAACAUCAGAUUCAUUUUCAAAUGUUUCAUUAUUUGAUAAAGCAACCGGUUGUAUAUCUUAUAUUCAAGAAAAAAAAUAUUUUACAAAAAAGCGUUUUCAUAUUAUACGUCAAUAUUUUUUUCGAUUCGUUGGAAUAUGUGUUAUAUUAUAUUUUAGUUUUCAAUUACUUCUUUUAUUUAAUUUAAUUCUUCAAUUAAUAUUUCGUUUAUUAUUUCAAAUAUUAUCAAUUUUUAUAUUUGUUCUAUUUAAAUUUAUUCAAUUAUUUUUACCUAAAACAACUAGUUAUAAUAUAUUAUAUAUAUUAAUUGGAUUUUGUUCAAUUUUAUCAUUUUUUAUUGCUAAAUUUUCAUAUAAAAAUAUUGAAAUACGUCUUGGAAAACGUUACGAAUUAAUAAAACGUUAUUCAUUUAUUUUUACAUUUAUUGCUAUUCUUCUUUUACAAUCUGUAUUAAUUCUUUUACCUACUACUGUAUCGAUACAAGAACAACGGAAAUUAUCCUCGACUCCAGUUCUUUUCAAGCAAUCAGUAACAAAACUACCUGAACCAAAAGUUGUUGGAGCUACAGCACAAGAAAAUAUUAACAGAGGAUUGAAUGUCAGGAAACGAGAAGAACAAAUAUCAAUUAGUAGUGGAAUAAAGACAAAUGAGAAUGGCAAAAUUCCCGAUGGAAAACUAAUAAUUAAUCUCGACAACAAGUUGUCUUCUUCGUCUGGAAAUGAUUCAGAAAUUGAAUCUAGUGUUGAAGAUGAUCAUUCAUAUCAUACAAAGCAAGACAUAAACAUAGACGAAAAAUCAACUGUUUAUUUACGACAUGAGAUUUCUCCCGGUGAAGGAAGAAGAUCAUUAUUAGAACAAGAAUUAAACUAUUUUGUCGAUCCUGCUGAAGAAAUUAGUUCAAAAAUCUUCAAAAAAUCAUCUGAAUUUAUUCAAGAAAAAUCUAAACAAACUAAAGAAUUUCUACAUGACAUAUUAACAGAAGAAAAAAUAGAAUCAUUUAUUAAAUCCAAAUUAGAAAAACAUAAUAGAUUAAUAUUACAUCAAAAAUUAAGUAAUUGGCUUGAUGAAGCUUGGAAUAUUUGGCAUCAAAUAAAACAUGAUUUUCAAAAACUUUUUUCUUUAACAACUAAACAUACACAAUAUUUACCUCGAUAUAAUGUUAGUUCAAUAUAUACAGCUUAUACUGAUCUUCAUUGUUAUGAUUAUAGAAAAAUAACUUAUCAUUAUUUUUCAUCUAAACAAAAAUAUAUCUACUUUCUUGAUACUUAUCGUCAUCAUUCACCAUUUCCUAUUUAUUUAUCCAUAUUAAAAUCCAAUGGACCUAAAUGUUAUCGUCAUUAUCCAAAUUCAUCAUGUGCAAUUGAUUCAAAAUUAUUUUUUUCAAAUUUCAAAGAAGAAUUAUAUCGUUUUACAUUAUUUUCGAUAAUUGUUAGUAUACCAAUUAUUAUUUUAUUAAUUAUUUUGAAAAAUUUUCAAUAUGGUCAAUAUCAUAAAAAAAAUAAACAAUUAUCAAAUGAAAAUCAACAAAUUAUAUCAAAUACAAUAAAUGAUUCAUUAUUAGAACAAACAUUUUCAAAUACAAAUAAUAAUAAUUAUCAUUUGUUAGAUGAAAAAAUUGCAAAAGAAUUAUAUUUAUGGCUUGAAUAUGAACAAAAUAAUGGAUAUCAAUAUAUUAGUGAAGCAUGUCGAAUGUCAUUAAAUAAUAUAUUUUCUAAAAAUAAUGAACAAUUGAACAUAGAAACAUUACAAUUUGCUAAUGCAGCAAUUCAUGAUGUUUCUCAAGCAUCAGUUGAAACGAUUGUUAUCCAUGCAGUACUUGAUAUAGUUCAUUUAAUUUUUAAUAUUGUUAAUACAGCAAAAUAUCAACAUUAUUCAAUUGAAAUACCAAAAUUAACUGGUGAACUUGAAAUUUUCUUGACUAGUUAUACUGAUAAAUAUUCAAUUGAAGUAAAAUUUAAACAAAUUCAAAUUGAUCAUGCUGAAAUUAUUGAUACGAAAAAUAUUUUAUCUUCUGAAGAAAAAGAGUCAUUUAUUAAAUUAUUUAAAGAAACAAUUCGACAAACUGUUGUUCAACUUUGUUGUAAUCUAGCACCAAAUAAUCAAGAAAAUGUUGUUAAUGAAUCGAAGAUUGAACCAUCUAUUCAACAAAUUGUACCGGAACUUUCUAAUGUCCGUCAGCCAUGUGCAACUCCACUUCUACCAACAAUUAUUGAAGAUAAUCAAUCAAUAUCGUGUGAAAAACAAGUAAAAAAAUUACUUGUUCGUAUUAUUAAUGCUGUUAAAUUACACGGUGUUGAACAACCAUUUUGUAUUAUUGAAUUAAAUCAACCUAGACAAACACAUCAAACAAGUAUUGCAAAAAAUGGUCUUAAUCCCUAUUGGAAUGAAUCUUUUCUAUUCGAUAGUAAUGAUAAAAGUAAUCAAAUACAUUUAAAAAUUAUGGAUCGUAAAAAACCAAAUAAAAAACACAAUACUUCUAUCAUUGACAAAAUUUAUGCUGACGUGUCUAUCCCAUUUUCUUAUAUAACAAGUGAGGUUUAUAAACACGAUAUACGAAUAACACCUCAGUAUCCUGAUUCAACCAUUCAUAUCGAGGUAAAAAUUUGA